AUGUUUCAACGAAUCAUCUCACUGCUACUAUUGCUGUAUGCAUGUAAGUCAGUAGAUGCUUACAUGUGUCACAAGUGUGCAAGUACUGAUGCAGUUUGGAACUGGGUGAAAUAUGGAUUACCAGUUAAUCAAGGGGACUCUAUUGUGAGUGAUGACAAGUGUCUUGUGGAGAGUAAGCUGAAAAAAGAUGGAGAUGCCUGUGCUGGAUACUGCAUGACUAUUAACAUUACGAGAACUGAUGAGGAGAACAAGGGGAAGACUAUUUCCAUCGUCCGUGAUUGUCAACCUCGUACACGAAACCUUCCGGAACUGACAGAAGAAGACGCCCCACUGUGCACUUCCUACGAAAAAGUGGUGAACCGCCGAAAUGUGAACAUCACCACAUGUUACUGCCGCGGUCACUAUUGCAAUGGACUCGGAUUCGCUGAAGCGACACGACAUUCGAAAGCACUCGAACUUCCGCAAAACUCUAUCGAGCCAAAAGAAUCUUCUAACUUUCCGUGGUUCCUUAUCCAUCUUGCACUGAUUUCUUUUUUAUCCUAA